CGGUCGUCAAGCGCUAAAUCAAAGCGCAAGAUUUGUCAACGUCGUCUGCUCACACUUAAAAACCGAACUCAAAAGUUUUCUUCUCUCAAUUUGCUUUCAUCAGAUCAUCAUGGCAGAUGUGGGGCCAGGUUUUCACUUUGAUGUAAUCAAGAAUAGUAUAAAAGAUCUUCAGCAAGAAAAGUUAAGGAAUGAGCGAAAGCUGUCCGAAGCAAGAGCAAGGAGGAGAUCUCUGGAAAGCAAAUACGAAGCAGCUUUGAGCAAGUACAACGUUGCACAAGAGACAAAUCAGAAGAUGACGGACACCUUAAAGGUGACCCAAUUCAAGGUACUUCAAUCUCAAGCUGCUAUCGAAUGUCAGCAUAAUGCUAACCUGGAGGUAGAGAACAGAAUUGCUCACAUCAAAACAGCUUUCAAGAAUGAAGAGGCUCGACAACUUGAAGAAACUGAAAAGUUUAAAGAGAAACUGGCCAGUCUGGCUGAAAUGUUUCACAAUGGAAAAGACUUCUAUCUUGAUCAAUCACUUCAAGCAGAGACAGGGAUGGUAAAAGCAGAUCAAAAAGAUAUCACUCAGAAAGUCAAUCAGACAGACUCUCAGGUGGAGAAGCUCCAAGGAGUGUUUGAAGCCUUAGACAUUGUCGCCAGGAAGCAGGACAGAGCGACUGAGCUCUCAGACAUACCUCUGGAACUCCAGUACCUAACACUAGCGAUGUUUGAAGAAGAAAGAAAGACGGUGGAGAAUGAACGGACAAAGCUGAGAGAAAAACAGGAGUGCUUACUCACCCAACUUGAGAAAUGAUUUAUGGUUAAAAGGAGUUACU